AUGUUCGAAACAUCUGAAAAUGACGACUUCAAUGUUCACAUCGAAAUAGGCGAUAGCACUGACGGGAAAUUCUUGGACGAGAUUAAAGCCAAGUAUCCUCAUGUUGAUAUAUUUCUUGACGAUGGUGGGCAUACUAUGGAGCAGCAGAUGUUUACAAUCAAACACAUGCUUCCACAUGUGCAAUCACAGGGUGUCUACAUGUGUGAAGACUUAGCAACUUCUUGGCUUAAAAAAUUCGGGGGCUUACCAAAUGAGCACGUAAGUAACAGCCCUGAGUUCCUUAAACAUACCAUGGUUGGUCUGGUCCAUCAAACCAUGGACUGGCUGCUAGCGUCAUCGGUAAGUGGUAAGAGUAUCAUAACUAGACCUGAUCUUGAUCAGGUCGCCGAUGAUGUCUUCGAUAGUAGCUGGUGGAAAGUGAUUCCAUCUCAAGUGAAGCAUAUUCAUUACUACAACCAAAUUGUUGUGUAUGAAAAAGGCGUCACAUACAAACCAUCACCAUACCGAACAAUCGGAAAACAGAUACCGUACAAAGAGUCUGGUACCUACGACUCAUUGGAUUGGACCAUUAUCAUGGAGAAACUGGAUUCGAUUUUUGGUGAAUCGCUGCUGUCCUGA